UCAUUGUCGUUUUAAACGUACAAAGGUAUAUAACUGUAUAGUUAAACAAAUUGUUUCAAUUGUGAAAAGCUUGAAUAUUUGAAAGUAAGCAUUUUGAUAGGAGUUAUAGUUUGUUAUAUUUGGACUUAUUUGAGUUAUACAAUGGUUGUAACAAGUGUUAAAUCAGAAAAUUCAAGAAACAUGAUCCAGUGCACAAUCGUCGGGGAUGGAAUGGUCGGCAAAACUUGUCUGGCAUUGGCUUUUGCCAAAUUAUCGACACCAAAUGACUAUGUUGCGACAGUCUUUGAUAAUUAUGCCGGGAAAACUCACGUUAAUGGCGAUGAAUACACCGUCAGCAUCUUUGAUUCAGCCGGACAACAUGACUAUGCCAGUCUGAGACAGUUCACGUACGAGGACAGCGAGGUAUUUGUCGUCUGCUACUCCGCCGUUGACAGAGAUUCCUUCGAGAGCGUAAAAGAAUUCUGGGUACCGGAAAUGAAACCAAACAUGUCACGGAAGAAACCAAUCGUUCUGGUGGCGACACAAACUGAUCUUCGUAAUACAGCCGGGUACGACUCCGAUAUGCCGGUCUCAAAGUCGGAAGGGGAGAGUUUGGCUAAGACAAUAGGCGCCGUCACUUAUGCUGAAUGCUCUAUUCAGCACCACCAGACCGUAAAAAAGGUCUUCUCUGAAGUUGCACAGGCUGCUCUGAAAUACAGAAAGAAGAAGACCAACAUUGUUCAUAAGCUUCUUGGAAGGUGAACAGUAGAAUAUUGACUUGAACAUUUGUAAUUCUGUUAUCCCAAAACAGAAGAAAAUUGGCAUUUCGGACGUCACGUCAAUUGUGCACGUGCGUGUUCGGGGCGAGGAAGGUUAGAAGAAGAGCAGCGUUUGAACAGGUCGCUGGUUGCAUUGGAUUAUUGCAUGUUUGAAAUAUUAAUGAUAAUUCUAACAUUAUAACACAGAGUUAUAGAUGGACUAUAUAUUUCGAAGAGCAUUAACAGUUUAAAUCCAGUGCAUAUACAUCGUUAUUGGACAGGGUCGCUGUCUGUCAAUUAUUUCGGACUUCCUCGAGUGCUGCGAGAGAAAGAACAAGGCCUUGUCAAGCUGUCAGAAAUUGUCAUUAAUACCCAAUCAAGUUCAUAAUGUACAAUAUCAUUAAUUAGUUCUUAAUGACAUUGCAAGAAGAUAUAAUUAUCGAUGAACUAAUUACGUUGACAAGUGUACGGCUAUUGAAAUAUCGAACUAUAUAAAGAUAUAUUAAGAUGUCUAAGUAGAGUAUUAAAGGUUUCAAUAUUGGAUGACAGCUAAAGUUUACGUAUGGGACAUAUGAUAUAAGCAUAUUGUUAAUUGUACUAAGUUACUUUUGUGAGUUGCGUGACAUCAGGCUGUUUAACUCUGGGGAAUGUAGCAUAAUGAAAAUGAGAGAGCUUUUUAAAUAUCUUGAUUGAAUAAGAUUGCUUUUUAAGCAUUGCAUUAGUGUUGAAAAAAUCUUGCUGGUCAUUGCGUGACACAUAGAUUGCGCUAUUGUACAUUUUGUGACUUUUUAUUUCAUAUACCCACACGUUGUUUGUAACAUGAGUAUUUGUAUACUAUAAUUUUACAUUGGUCAUCAGCGUAUUUAUCAAAUGGAAACAAAACUUACUGUUGUCGCGUUUGACGUCACAAACAUUUUUUAUGAUGUUUUUACUUUAAUUAUGGUUGUUAAUCGUAGACGGUAAAACACUGGACUUAUUACUCAUAAUCCGUUUACAGUGUCAUUUACAUUUUGUUUAGUCACAAAAUUUACAUCUUUUCACUUAUUCAUCUUUGUUGAAGUAAGCUUUUGUUAUAUACUUGUUAUUAAGAAAUAAAAAAAAAGAAA